GACCGCCGGCGCGCAUCCCGCUAAGCAACCCGUGUGCUCUGGUGUAUACGAGCGAACUUUCCUUGGAAAGACUAGUUUAUUCAUUACUCUACUUUUAUUACUGCCUUUAAUUGCACUGGUCCCACUUUGUUCACUCAUACGCACAAGUUCAUCAUGGUGGACAGUAAGGUCCCUCAGCCGGGACCGGCCAAGUUGAAGCGCAAUGCCGGCCCUGAUGAGUGGCUGGAGGCCGCAAAGGACUGCAAAUACCUCUCGGAGUCCCAUAUGAAACAGCUUUGUGAGAUCGUCAAGGAGUUUAUGAUGGAAGAAUCGAACAUUCAGCCGGUCUCAACACCUGUGACCAUCUGUGGAGAUAUUCACGGUCAAUUUUACGAUUUGCUAGAGCUGUUCCGGGUCUCUGGAGGCAUGCCCGAUGAACCUGACGUCGAGCCGCCUAAAACGUCGCCUUCCGUCAUCACCUCGGAGGACAUCGAACCCCCUUCCACCAUUACCGAUCCCAAGCUGCGCAAGAAAUUGAGGAACUCCGGCAACUCGGAUGAUCUUGCGGACGAGACAGGCUCGAAUAACAGCCAGCGCGGUCGGUCUUCCAGCGCAGGCUCGAAUGAGGUUACAUUGAAUCGAAACUUUGUAUUCCUUGGUGACUAUGUGGACAGAGGGUACUUCAGUUUGGAGACCCUCACGUUACUGCUGUGCCUCAAGGCAAAGUAUCCUGAUCGUGUUACGCUGGUACGCGGUAACCACGAGUCUCGCCAGAUCACUCAAGUCUACGGUUUCUACGAGGAGUGCUUUCAGAAGUAUGGCAAUGCGUCCGUAUGGAAGGCUUGCUGCCAGGUUUUCGAUUUCAUGACAUUGGGCGCCAUCAUCGAUGGUAGGGUGCUCUGUGUGCACGGUGGACUGAGCCCGGAGAUUAGAACACUGGAUCAAGUGCGGGUGGUCGCGAGAGCCCAAGAGAUUCCACACGAAGGUGCUUUUUGUGACCUGGUCUGGUCUGACCCCGAUGAUGUGGAGACAUGGGCAGUGAGUCCCAGAGGAGCUGGCUGGCUGUUCGGAGACAAGGUUGCAGACGAGUUCUGCCAUGUCAAUGACCUGACCCUGAUCGCCCGAGCCCAUCAAUUGGUCAACGAGGGUUACAAGUAUCACUUCGCCAACCAGAACGUGGUCACUGUGUGGAGUGCUCCCAACUACUGCUACCGAUGCGGCAACCUCGCCUCUGUGUGCGAGAUCGACGACGAUCUAAAACCGACGUUCAAGCUCUUCAGCGCGGUCAGUGACGAUCAACGACAUGUGCCGACGUCGCGGCCGGGCCGCAGUGAGUACUUCCUGUAAGAUAUCGCAUGGAUACGCUUUUUAUUCUCUCGUCUGCUUGCAUUUCGCAAGACAUGAGGCGUUUACUGCACCGGCGCUGGCGUUGGGAGUGGAUACAGAUGGCGCCUACGCACUGUGGGUGAAGACGGGUUACGAGCAUCAUAUAUUACGAUUUGGGACACAGUUAAUGAGGGCACCUUUAUGCAUACUGGUACAGCUUGGUCCAGAGGGUUUGUUUAGUCGAACUAUGACGAAUCAGAUGAUUGUUAUGAACA